UGCUUCCGCUUGCAUAAAAAAGCUCCCCAGUCCCUGACCUAGGAGGCUGCACUGUCUUGCGAACACCUUUCUGUUUUCAUCACUAAAGCAGAGGAAAGAUGACGCUCCCAGAAGAUUACCUUCGACAAGACUGGCGGAUGGUCCGUGGGGUUCCUAUGGUCUGUGCAUUUUCCUUUGACUGGGACAGGAUCGACAAUUUUCAGAGUAGGCCUGAUGAUAUUGUGAUAUCCACAUACCCCAAAUCUGGCACCACAUGGAUGUGUGAAAUUGUGGACAUGAUUCUGAAUAAUGGUGACAGUGACAAAUGCAAGCGAGAUGCAAUUUUCAAUAAAGUACCUAUGUUGGAAUUUGCUGCACCAGGGAAGAUGCCAUCAGGCACAGAACAAUUAGCUCAGAUGCCUUCUCCUCGAAUGGUGAAGACCCACCUCCCAAUCAGCCUGCUUCCCAAGUCCUUCUGGGACAACAAAUGCAAGAUGAUCUACGUGGCUCGCAAUGCGAAGGAUGUAGCUGUAUCCUUUUACCAUUUUGACUUGAUGAACAAGCUGCACCCGGACCCUGGCACGUGGGACGAAUAUCUUGAGAAAUUCAUGGCUGGUCAAAUAGCUUUUGGUUCCUGGUAUGACCAUGUGAAAAGCUGGUGGGGUAAGAGGAAGGACCAGCCCGUGUUAUAUCUGUUCUACGAGGACAUGAAGGAGGAUCCAAAGCAUGAGAUUAAGAAGGUGAUGCAUUUUCUGGGAAAGGAUCUGGCAGAUUCAGUCGUGGACGAGAUCGUCUACAAUACUUCCUUUGAAAUGAUGAGGGGCAAUCUUGCCACAAACUAUAGGAUGGCCCCUGCUGCGGUGAUGGAUCAGAGCAUCUCUCCAUUCAUGCGCAAAGGAACUGCUGGUGACUGGAAGAAUUAUUUUACUGUAGCUCAGAAUGAAAAAUUUGAUGAAGAUUAUAAGAGGAAAAUGGCAGAAACAACACUGCAGUUCCGAACAGCGAUCUGAACAUCCCUAUAACGUCCAUUGCUGCUGCUGUUUUGCAAUUACAUUUGGUGGAAAUGUUGCACUUCUGCAAAUCUUUCUUUUUAAUUAGAAAAAAAUCAAGUUCCCAAUCUUCCUGGCAGUGGGAUCCAUGAAUGAAGAAUGAAAGAUGGCUGAGAAAGUGUUGAGGAGGCCGAGCUUUAUGCACGGCCUGGGCUGCCCUUCCCUCUAGUCAUUUCUCUCUCGAUGGUUGUCUUGUAUUCCUCACUUCUCCAAUGGUUUCCUUCAGCAACUACAAACUUUUGAAUCUUCAAAUUCUUUUAAAAAAUACUUAGCGUCAGUAAUUACAGAAUUAAAGCCGAGAAAGAUUAAGGUAAUUUUCAGAGAAAGAUUUCAGAGAAAUCUCCAUCUGUGGGGAGGGAGGGGUAUAAAUAAAAUAAAAUAAAUAAAUAAUUUUAUUUUAUGUCAUUUAUAGUCUGCCUUUCUCACUGAGACUCGAGGUGGAUUACACAGUGUGAGAUUAGUAGAGUCAAUAUCAAGAAUUUUAAAUGCUAAAUGUAUUUUUUAUAUCCUUUACAUUUUACACUGGAUUUAAUUAUUGAUAAGGCUGUAUUGUCAUUGUUACGGUCUCUGACCGCAAAUAAAUUUAUUCAUUCAGUAUCAAGAACA